AUGGAGCCGAGGUGGCAGGCCAACUUCACAAGCAGAUUCCGGCUAGAGGGACCGGACGCGGAUGGCCAUUUUACGAUCAGCAAUACGCAAAUUUUGCGUCUACCACCGUACCCGUUCCAGUACACCGAUACCCUCCUCUACGCGACCGUCGUCUGCAAUGGGGAAGCCUACCCUCUGGUCACGAUCCGAGUGAAAACAUCCGAUUCGCAUGCCCCAUAUUUCUACCAAACACCGUACCACGUUAGCUUGUCAGAGGCAGUGCCGCUGGGAACGGAGAUCGAUACACCCAUUUUGGCCAUCGACUGGGACCCGGCGCAUGAUUAUCCGAUUACGUUUUCGAUUGAGGACAACGAUUCCCCCUUCUCGCUCGCGGACCCGAUCUCAGUUCAUGGCACUGAUUUUUUGCCCCCAGAAGCCGUGCCCCGCUGGAGUCCCGAGCAACUACCGACUGUAGUCAGACUACGCGUCGAUGAACCGCUCGACUUUGACACGCAACCGAACAGUUAUGUGUUGACGAUCGUGGCCAAGGACAAUGCCGAACCCCCAAACACUAACCGCACCCGACUCGUCGUUCACCUCCUUGAUGCCGAUGAUCAACAGCCCCGCUUCACCAGCGAGGAGUACUUGGCGCUGAUCCCGAAGAAAUGGUCAAUUGGGUCGUCCUUGACGGUGACGCCGCCACUGCACGCAUUCGAUGGUGAUCUCGGCAUCAACAAGUCGAUCAUAUACAGCAUUGAUGCGAAUGCGAUGGAUGCGCUCACGAUUGAUGCUCAAAGCGGCGAGAUCACGCUCAUUGACGAAGGAGCCGCAAUUCCGGAUACGAUUGUUGUAAAGGCCACCCAAUCGGACCACGAGUCCCGUUUCGCCACAGCUCGCCUGCGGGUCGUCUCCGAUCUGCCGCAAGCGACCUUCGACAAAUGCGAGGUGUACGCCUCACUCCUCGAGAACACGGCCCCAGGGACGCCGGUCGUUGAGAUUAGCGUAUUGCACAGGACGGAGAAGUCCCACGUCAAGCUUAUCGACCCCGAUGGAACGUUCGCUCUAAAAGUUGACCCGACCGCCCCCUCCAAAUUGCAAGUGAUCGUGAAGAACUCACGUCUACUCGAUCGAGAGCUUUUCUCGACAAUUGAGGCUGUGCUUCAGCUUGAGGACUCAACUCCUUCGGUUCCGCAGGAGAACUCGUGCCAGAAGGUGAAAAUCCGUGUUGAUUUGGUGGACGAGAACGACAAUGCGCCCGUGUUUGAGCGGGAUGUGUUGAGAUAUUGGGUUGGGGAUCAGACGCACGACGGGGAUAUCCUGGCAACACUCCGAGCUUCGGACAAGGAUCAGGGCCCGAACGGUGACGUCUCCUAUUCCCUAAUCGACCCCGCCGGCCAAAAGCUGCCCCUCGAGAUCCAGCAGGCAAACGGGGCUGCCAGUCUGUUGUACGUGGCAGCCCUCGACAAGGGGGAGCGACAGCUGAAUGGUGCGCUGCGAGCCCGAGACCAUGGACAACCGGAAAAGUACAGCGAGAUUCCGGUGGAGAUCUAUCGGCGGAAGUCGGCGGCGAAUCCGUUGAAGGAUGGGUUGGCAAAAGGGAAAGUAACAGCAGCAUCCACCACGCGCCAGCGUCCUACCGUAACCCAUUCACAGCCAAAAACAACUACCACCGAAGCCCCACGAACUACAAAUUAUCGUACCACAGCAGAGACGACGACUUGGACCCCAACCGCACCCGAGCCGACGACGACUUCAAGGAGUUCGGACGCCCCAGAAGAGCCCCAAGCCGAAGAAGCCCCGACGUCAUCCGAGUUCCUUUGGCGCCAGAUCGAGUUCUUGCGCCAGAACGGCAUCAUCGCGCCUACGGAUGUGCCGUCGGAGGCCGAGAUGACCGGAGCCCAGCACGUCGCCCAGGUCUUCAAGCCGGAAUCCAACAACGUCACCGAGCCGUUCAGAAGAUGUAGAAUCUGCUCAAAGUUCUCAAACGAUAUUGAACAAUUAAAGAAGAAGGAGAAGGCUACGGUAGCCCACGCGGCGCCGACCAAGACCGCAGUUGAAGGGAACUCGCUGCAGGAUCUGGAUGGGCAGAUAGAGAAAGAGGAAGAUGGGGCGAGGGAGUUGGACGAGUCUGUGGAAGUGGUCGCCCUGGAAGAUACCGUAGACGAACAUCCGCCGGAGAGCUCGUUGGAGGAGGCCGAAACAAUGCCCCCACAAUUCCAAUUCCACGAGGACAACUACAAACUACAGCUUUUCGGACCUGUCGUCCCAGGAGAGGGUGUUGGUAGAGUGGCUGCAGGACCCGGUGUAGAAGCGUAUGGAAUCGAUAGACGAGUUUUCGGGCAGUUUACAAUCGACUUUGACGGAGGUCUGAUAUCAGUCGACGAGAAGGCCGAGGCGCUUUUCAAGCAGCCGGGUACCUUCCGGUUCCACGUCUCGGCCACGGAUGGUGUGAAAACGGCUCAAUCCUGGGUCUCCGUUCAGGUCGACCCCACGAAGAGCAUUUUUGCGGCGGCUCCGCGGUUUGAUCAGUCAAGCUAUGAAAUCUUUGUGACCGAGAAUCAACCGCCGGCCGUCAUCAGCACACUAAGGGCUUUCCACCGCUCCGAAGCACUACACCAGGACCGGCUUGUCUACUCGAUUCUUACCUCGGAUAAGGAUUUGCCAUUCUCCGUCGAGGCAAACACCGGACAACUGGCGGUGCUCAACGAGUUGGACAGGGAGAAUGGGGAGCGCUAUGACUUCCAGGUGCGAGCUUGCCUUUCCGAGCACAGAGGUGUCUGCGGAGUCGCGUCGGUCUCGAUUUUGGUCAACGAUCUGAACGACAACACCCCGAAAUUCCCGUCGAAUACGUACCAUAUCGUGGUGCCGAACGAUUUGCCGAAGGGUGCCGAAGUCGUUCAGCUGGCCGCUAGGGAUAUGGAUGCCGGAAGUAAUGGAGUCGUCAGCUACGUUUUGAAUCCGCCCAGUGAAACCUUUGCCAUCGACCACCACACAGGCCAGAUCUCGAUUCUGCGUACCCCAGAAAAAUCUCGCUACUCGCUCAUCAUCGAGGCUUUUGAUCACGGAAUUCCCAGGAGGACGACCCACACGGAGCUGCGCAUAAAUGUGGAGGGCAGCAACCCGAGUGCACCGCAAUUUGAUCAGUCCGGCUACACUUUGAUCGUCGAAUCUCCGGUUCGGGUCGGCCAAGUUAUCGGAAAUGUGCACGCCACGGAUCCGGACCCAGGGGAGGAUGGAAUGGUCACCUACUCAUUCGGCACUUCCCAAGACCCGCGAACCCAAGUGGACCAGCAAAAGUUCUCCAUCAACCCGAAGACCGGAGCGGUUUCCGCGCUGACGCCCUUGACAUCCCUCGACGGCCCCUUCCACCUCGUCGCCGAGGCGUCCGAUCAAAAUGCGAUUUUCAGCCGUAAAACCAAGGCCGCCGUACGUGUCGAAAUCUCCGGCAGCGCCACCCUGCGCUUCUUCCCCCUCCAGGAAAUCGUGUACAUCUCCAGCGAGAAGCAGCCGGGCAGCGUGAUCUUGCGUGCCUCGGCGCACACCUCCGGCUCGUCGGACAUCAACUUCUUGCUCGUCGACGCCCCCGAGGCGUUCGCGAUGGACGGUGAUUUGUUGAAGGUGGUGCAGCCACUCGCGCCCGGGGAGACGAACUUGACGAUAAGGGCGGAGACCGAGUCGACCCACGUUGAGCAUGUCGUACGGGUGGUGGUGAUGAACGACCGGGACAAGUACCCGGUCUUCCCGAAGCUGUCCUACGAUUUGGAGAUUCCGCUCGAGACCCGUUUCCCGAUCCUGCUGCACCGUUUCGCGGCCAACGUCGAGAACGGCACCGUCCAGUUCGCCCUGUAUCCACCGAAUCGGGUGCCCGGGUUGACGAUUGAUGAGGAUACGGGAACACUAAUUGCCGGGAAGGACUACAUCGAUUCCAGGCUAAAUCGGGAUACUGUAUUCGUGGUGGUUCGGGCGACGAAUCGAAACUAUCCACGAUUCUACUCGGAUGUUGGGGUCUCGAUCUCCUUGGUGUCGACGGCUUCUCGUCUGCGCUUCUCCAAACCGCUUUUCAAAGCCACUGUUCGCGAGAAUACCAGGGUUGGAAGUGUGCUGGAUGUCGGAAAGAUUGAGAUGCAAUCCGCACCCGCGAACACGGUGUUCACCAUCACCCCCGCCAGCCCAUUGACCAUCCUCCCCAACGGCUCGAUCAUCGUCAACGACGACGUCGACUUGGAGAAGUUGCCGGUCGAUGAGAAUGACGAUAUGCUAUUUGUGGUGACGGCCAGCGACGGCGAGCAGUCCGUGACGGCCAAGCUGCAGCUGAACAUUGAGGACGUGAACGAGUUCUUGCCCCGAUUUGACUACCUCCAUUAUCAGGCCCAUAUUGGCGAGGGCGCGCUGCCAGGCACCCCCAUCGUGAAGGUCCGUGCCACCGACAAAGACUUCUCGGACACGAAGCUCGAAUAUCGCAUUAAUGGCGGAUCAGGCGUCAAAUUCGUCAAGAUCCAGCAGGACGGCACGCUGACCCUGGUCGAGUCGUUGGAUCGGGAGAAGAUGGCCAAAUUUGACGUUGUAAUUGAAGCCGUGGAUUCUGGGGGCAAUUCGGCGGAGGCGAAGGUUGAUGUCGACGUCCUCGACGCAAAUGACAACGCUCCACGCAUCCUAAACCAGCCAUUGAUCUGGAAUGUGCCAGAAGGAGAGGCUUCUCUCGGAGCUGCCUUCGAGAUUUUGACUUCCGACCUCGAUGAAGCCGAAAAUGCGCAGGUUACCUACGCUCUGUCCGGGGGGAAUGAGGGCCGAUUUUUCGAGCUGAUUCAGAAGUCACCUGUGGCGGCUGUCUUGAAAAUCGUGAAGCCGCUCAACCGAGCCCAGCAGGCGGCUCAUGUUUUGUCGAUUGAAGUAAAAGACCACGGCCACCCCUCGAUGAUGUCGGUAGCUACCGUAACCGUGAACGUGAAGAGCGAGGGCCGCAGGUUGCCGCAGUUCCCGUUGAGGGAAUACAAACAGGCGGUCCCCGCCGAUAUGCCGGCCAACUUCAACAUCCUCCAAGUGGCCGCUGAGGACAUUGACGUCCCGGUGCAGUACUCGAUUAGCGGUGGUGAGGCCUGUCAUGCCCUCAAAAUUGGACCUAAAGGCGAAGUCGCCUUUGCCACCAACGAGCGUCCAGAGGAUUUGACUCGAAUCGAGUGUACGGUAGAAGUGAGCGACGGGUCUCACAGCGAUUCUACACGGCUGGUCGUCAACUUGGAGAAGAUGUUUGCUGGCAAGCCCAACCGACCAAAUCAUCCGCCCAAGUUCGCGAAGGGCAACUACGUCUUCCGCGUCAACGUCGCCGGCGCGGCCACCGGACCUGAGGGAUUGCUGGUCGGCCAAGUCUCCGCCAUCGACAACGACGGCGACCUGUUCAACUACUCGAUCGAGCCCGUCGAGUUCCGAAACCUCUUCGAAGUCGACAACCAAGGACAAAUCUGGCUGCGCAGCGUGGAGGCGUUGGGGGAGAGCCGCAGCAUGUCUUUCCUGGCCGUGGCCACCGACAAGGGCCAGCCCCAGCUCGCCUCGUUCACCAACGUUCGCGUGACCUUCCAUCAACUCGAAGGAGUUCAAGUCGAACACGGCUUUUCACGCCGGCCGAUGGAUCAGAUUGUCGAUGAGGAAAUGCCCUCUUCUGGGACUCAAGUCACGCGGCUCCCGGAUCUGGAGACGACAGUCUUCACCGUAUCGGAUGAGGUGAAGGACGGAAAAUUGGCCAUGCCACAAACAGUCCAAGCAUUCCCGAAUACACAGUGGAGUAGCAGUACGGCGCCGUCGAGGUCGAGGAGUACAGCUGCGGAGACAGAAAUCCCGCAUCACAUGGCUACCCACCAAGUCGACGCGACGAUUCGCCCAACCACAGCCGGCACAACGACAAUGUGGUUGGCCACCGACAAGCAGGUCACCGGCAAGGCGACCACCCAAUGGACGAAAGUGGAAGGCGGAUCCGAGGGUGAUAGUGAGGAUGAAGCCACCGAAGCCACGACGCUCGAUGCCGAGACUUCAGAAUCUCAGGACGAAGAAGAGGACACGUCGAGACCGUUCGAGAAUGCUGAUGGCGAUAUGUUUGGCGACGAUACCACGACUUCUGGCAAUUCUGGAGCUGAUGAGCUGCACUUCCGACAUGCGCUUUACUACGCGUCGAUGCCAGAGGGGAGAUAUAGCAAUGGCGCUCUGUUGAAUCUGAAGCCAGAGCCGUUGCAGACGAAUGGAGAGGAAGUCACCUACACAAUCUCUGAUUCCCGCCUCCCAUUCCACAUCCGCGGCGACACCGGAGAACUGGCCAUCAUGGACGUCGACCGCGAGAAGUCACCCUUCUUCGCUUUCAGAAUUACGGCUACCGAUUCCCGCCGCAGGACGGCAACCACCGUAGUCAACGUGACAAUUCUGGAUGUGAACGACAAUUAUCCCCUGUUCGUCUCGCCGCCGCUGUUCGUUGGAUUGCCAACCAACAUUGCGCCGAAUGUGGCCGUUGAUCGGCUACAGGCCAUCGACGCUGAUGAGGGGCGGAACGCCGAGGUUACCUACGAGUUGGAGGAGAACCCGCUUUUAGCGAUUGACGCCAGAACCGGCUCGAUCCGUGUCAAAUCCCCCCUCAGCCCAUCCCAGCAACCAUUCGAAGUGAAGGCCACCGCCAAGGAUGGCGGACGACCCGGCCUGAGGACAACGCAUACGCCCCUCCUCCCGACGCAAUCCGCCCCGGUCGUGGUCCCCUAUCCCGCUAGCCCGAAUCACUUUGUCACGCAACUACUUGGUGGACCAACCGCCGGGCAACGGUCUGAAAUACAAUAUCGGCUGGCUGGAGAUGAACAUGGCCUUUUCACAAUCGAUGAGGAGGGCCGCGUUCUUCUCGCCCGCCAGCCAGCCCCCGCCGACUUGAACAAGUACCACCAGAUCAGCGUGAGGGCCGACAACGCCCUGGGAACCGAUCAGACUACGCUGAACGUCUUCCUGAGCGGAACGGGCGGAGCACCACCCAGGGUCGAGGAGACGAGGCCGAGCUUUGCGGGACCGUGCUCAUUCCCGACGAAGCUGUACAAUGCCCAGAUCGCCGAAAACCGCGAAGGACGCCACAAGUUGAGCAAGGUCACGUCGGACUGUGAAUCGGCUGGCGCCGGAUACGAAUACACCAUUUGGCAAGGAGCUGAUCAAUUCGAGGUAGAUGAACAAACCGGCGAGGUGUUUGUGAAUGGGCCGUUGGAUCGGGAGAAGCGCUCUGUGCACUUCAUCUUUAUUAACGUUACUCGGCCUAAUGAGGCGAAGGCGAAGCGGCAGACGGCUGGGAAUCCGGUUAUCGAAUACGCCAUCUCGAAGCUGUCCGCAUGGCAGGCCCUAGUGGUCGUCCGCGUGCUCGACUCCAACGACAAUUCCCCCCAAUUUGUCCGUCUCACCCCGGAGGGCCAGUAUUCCGGCCUUGUGGCCCAACAGGCCCCGCCCCUCACGCCAAUUCUACGAAUGCAGGCUCAAGAUGCCGACGAGAAAACGCAGCUGGUAUACGGUAUCCAGGGCGGCGAUCAGGACGCCUUCCGCUUGAAUUCCACGACUGGCAUCCUGACGCUGGCCAAGAUUAUUCACGAGGAUUCGAGAACAAUCUUCCGAACAACCGGUACCGUAUCCGAUGGCUCGCAUACUGUAGAGAUCCCGGUUACGGUUCACAAACUGACGCCAGCUUCAAAUUUGGUGUAUUUGACUUUGGAGAAGAGGAUGGAGGAAUUGGAUGAAAAGGAAGUCGAAAAAGCGCUGGCCAGGAUCACCAACACCGAGAUCCACGUCCUUACCAAGGAGCCGUUCACCAACAGCCAAGGCCAAGUCGACCCCAAUCGAAGUGUCGUCCACAUCUACGGGCUGGAGCCGAAGAGCCGGGCGCCAGUGGAGAAGAAUCGGCUGAAGGGGCUGCUCGACAAGGUUUAUGGGGCGUUGCAGGCCUCGGAGGCUAGGGUCUCAUCAAUCUCCCUGGCACCCUCUUCCUCCCCAUCAUUAUCCACUGUCGAUGCUUUCCUCCUCUUCAUCUGCCUCGUCCUCGUCGUCAUCGCCCUUGUUGUCUGCUGCCUCGUGGCCAGCCUGUGCAAGCGACGUGAUGCCGUCGAUGGAAAGGAUUAUAUGCGGAGUUCAUCCUUGGAUGGGCCACGUCCGUAUGAUGUCUCGGUGAUUCCGAGGGCAACUGCUCAGGCGGUGUUGGCUGGACGUCCACUUCCGGAUCCGAUGCAAUUUAGCGAAAACAAGCAGCACUCCCCGUCCAGGAUCUCGGCUGAUGAUCUUCGAUCGACAAACCGUUCCGAUGAGCUUCUCGUUUUUGCCAAUUCCGUCAGAGACACGAAAAGCCGGGCGAGCGCCGUCUCCGACGAGUCCGGCUCGGAUCGAGGGGCGGCUGAGCGGGAACCCGUCGAGCGCACCACCGCCACGCUGAUGCCCCGAAAG